UCGUAGAAAUGUUUAUGAUUAGCAUCAGUGUGCGAAUAUUAACAGUUUUAUUUGUUUGUAAUUAAAAAAAAACGCAUUCAAGAGUGUGUUAACAGAAAAACAAUGGCAGAAUAUCUUGCUUCAAUUUUUGGUACAGAAAAAGACAAGGUUAAUUGCUCUUUUUAUUUUAAAAUUGGAGCAUGUCGUCAUGGAGAUCGAUGUUCUCGAAUUCACAACAAGCCAACAUUCAGCCAAACAUGUUUGUUACAAAAUCUUUACGUAAACCCACAAAAUUCUGCAAAAAGUGCAGAUGGUUCUCAUCUGGUAGCAAAUGUUACGGAUGAAGAAAUGCAAGAGCAUUAUGAUAAUUUUUUCGAAGACGUAUUUGUAGAGUGUGAAGAUAAAUAUGGUGAAAUUGAGGAGAUGAAUGUAUGCGAUAAUUUAGGAGAUCAUCUUGUUGGUAAUGUUUACAUCAAAUUUCGACGCGAAGAAGAUGCUGAGAAAGCGGUAACUGAUUUGAAUAAUCGUUGGUUUGGUGGACGGCCUGUUUAUGCUGAGUUAUCACCAGUGACAGAUUUCCGAGAAGCUUGUUGUCGUCAGUAUGAGAUGGGUGAGUGUACUCGAUCAGGAUUUUGCAAUUUCAUGCAUCUGAAACCAAUCUCUCGUGAUCUGCGUCGAUAUUUGUAUAGUCGUAGGAAAGGAGGAAGAGGACGUUCAAGAUCUCGAUCUAAAUCUCGAGGUCGUGAUCGUAAACGCAGAUCCCGAUCACGUGAGAAAAGAUCUCGUUCAAGAGAUCGUAGAUCACGAUCUAGAGAUCGACGUAAGAGAAGUAGAGAUGAUAAGGGACGAGAUGGUCGUUCAGGUCGCUAUUAAGUGGAUUUAUUUUGUGUUAGGGUAUUUUCCUAAGUUAAUACCCUAUUUUUUAUAAGCGAGUAUUAAUGCAAAUAGCAAAAAGGCAUUACAGCUAUCAAUUUACAAGUAAAAAUUUUAUUGAACUUUGCAUUUCACUAUUAAAUUAUUUGACUGUUAAAAAUGAAAGAUCAAUCCAUGUGUUCAGCUGUAAAAACUUUCAUACAUAUUGUUUCUUAUUAUUGAUCUAUAUUAGUGGAAUACUGAAGUGUAGAUUUUUACAAUUUAUUGUAAUCGAUAAUAAUAUGUAAGGUAGCUAUAAAAAAAUAUUUUUCACUGGAUAUUAUUUUGACUUGUUCGAUAAAAUUACUUGUGAGUCUUCCUGUUGAAAAUUUUGAUUGAUUGAUUGAUGUCUAGAGUUAAUUUGAGUUGCUAUAACAGAUUUUUUUUUGUGGGGGCACCUUUUAUCUCUGGGUAUAUUAGUUAAUCAUAUAUUUUUAUAGUUAUAUAUUUUUUGUAUGAUAUAGAUGAUAGAAAUUAUGGGUAUUAGGUUGUCAAUAAACAUAAGUUAAUAAUCAAA